CUCACGGCAAUGCCAGAUCCUUAACCCACUGAGCAAGGCGGGAAUCGCAACCUCCUGGUUCCUAGUCGGAUUCGUUAACCACGGAGCCAAGACAGGAACUCCUCUAGUUUUGAUUAAUACAAAUAAAACCUCUGCGAACAUUAAAGAAAAGUCUUUGUGUGAACGUAGGCUUUCAUUUCUUUUGGAUAAAUACCUGGGACUGGAAUGGCUAGGUUGGAUGAUAGAGGGUAUAUUUAAUUUUUUAUGAAACUCACGAAGUGGCUACACUGUUUCACAUUCCUAUCAGCAGCGUAUGAAAUUUCUGAUGCUCCAUAUAUUUGUCAACACUUGGUAUUAUUGUUUUAAUUUUAGACAUUUUCAUAGCUAUGUAGUGGCAUUUUACUCUGGUUUUAAUUGACAUUUUCCUAAGAGCUGAUGAAAAUGAGACACUUUUCAUGUGCUUAUUUGCUUUCUGUAUAUCUUCUUUGGAGAAAUGUCUUCUCAAAUAUUUGGUCCAUUUGAAAAGUUGGUUUCUUAUGUUUUUAUUGGAUUUUGAAAGUUCUUCAUAUAUUCUUUAUAGAAAUAGAUUAUCAGAUAUUUGGGUUUCAAGUAUUUUUUUCUGUGGCUUGCUUUUUAUUCUCUAGUGUCUUUCAAAGAGAGUUUCUUAAUUUUGGUGAAGUCCAAAUUUCAAUAUUUUCUGUUAUGAAUUUCACUUUUGGUGAUGUAUUUUAAGACAUCUUUCCCAAAAUGAAGGCCAAAAAGAGUUUCAUAUAUUUUUUUUCUUUUAGAAGUUUUAUGAUUUUACACUUUACAUUUACAUUGUGCUUUACUUUGCAUUUAGUUCUCUACCUGAAUUUGAGUAAAUUUGUAUACUUGGUUCCAGGUCUGGAUUUAAGUACAAUUUUUCUCUCUUUUUUUAAUGUAUGCAAGUAUGCAAUUUUUCCAGCACCAUUUACUGAAAAGACAGCUCUUUUUUUUUUUUUAACUGAAUUUCCUAUGCACCUUUGUGGUAAAUCAGUUGUGUAUGGGUCUAUCUCUACUCCUUUCUGUGUCUAUCUCGAUCACACUACCACACAAUCUUGAUUACUGCAGCUUUAUAACAAGUCUUGAACUUAGUAUAAUUCCUCGAACAUUCUUUUCUCUUUUUAAGUUGUUUUAGUUAUGCUAGAUGCAUUGCAUUUCCACAUAGGUUUUAGAAUCAGCUUGGCAAUUUUCACAAAAAAAGCCUGUUGGGAUUUUGAUUGGGAUUGAAUUGAAUCUCAUCAAUUUGAGGAGAAUUUACAUGUAAAUAAUACUCUGUCAUCCAAUAUAUGAACACAAUCUAGCUCUUCAUUUUUAUGAGACUUCUGAAUUUUUGUCAGCAUUGUUUUGUAGUUUUUCAUACACAGGUCUUAUGCAUCUUGUCAGAUUUAUCCCUCUGUGUUUCAUAUUUUUGACGCUAUAUACCUUAAAAUUUCAGUUUUCAGUUGUUGAUAGUAUAUAGAAAUACAGUUAACUUAUGUACAAUGAUCCUACAUCUGGUAAACUUGCAAAACUUCUCAGUGCUAGUAGUUUUAUGGAUUCAAUAGGAUUUUCUACGUGGAUAAUUAUGUUAUUUGUAAAUAAGUAUAGUUUAUUUCUUUCCAUUCUUUAUGUCUUUAAUUUCUUUUUCUUGCCUCAUUGCACAGGUGAGAACAUCAGUGCAAUGAUGAAUUUAAAUGGUGAGAGUGGAAUCCUUUCCUUGUUCCUGGUCUUAUGGGGAAUGCUUUCCUCCUGAGUCAGAACCAAGAACAGAAUUUCAGCCCUGUCUCUCCUGCCCAGUGACCUUUUCCAGUCCAAAGUUCUUCCAUCAAUAUGUGCUGUGCAGUCAUUCCCCCCAGAUCUUCUCAUGUUCAUCUGCAGGAAGCCACCUCCUACUAGAAGCUCCAAGCUGCUUGAGUGACAAAGCAGAAGAUGGAGAAAGAGAAGGCUCUGGCACUGUUCUUGGGAGACUGCAGCUAAGUGGGACUUCAGGGGUGUUCUUCAGCCCAUCUCAACAUCAGCCAGUAGACAAGGAAGGCAACAGCAGUAGAGGGCUAGACCAGGGGUUGAGCCCUGAGGAGGCAGAUGCAGUGUUGACAGAGGCAGAUGUCUCAGAAUGUGGAGCAGUCGUAUCUGAAAAAUACAGACUAGGAUUUAGCACAAAGUCAAGCCUCUUUAGCCUUCAGAAACAUCAUAUGUGCCCUGAAUGUGGCAGAAGCUUCUGCCAGAGAUCAGAUCUCAUUAAGCACCAGAGGACACACACAGGUGAGAAGCCAUAUAGUUGUAGGGAGUGUGGGCGAGGCUUUGGCCGGAAGUCCUCCCUCACCAUACACCAGAGGAAACACUCAGGGGAGAAGCCCUACAUGUGCAGGGAAUGUGGUCAGCACUUUAGGUAUACGUCCUCCCUAACUAACCAUAAAAGGAUACACUCUGGGGAGAGGCCCUUUGUAUGUCAGGAGUGUGGGCGAGGCUUUCGCCAGAAGAUCGCUCUCAUCCUGCACCAGAGGACACACUUGGAAGAGAAGCCCUUUGUGUGUCCAGAGUGUGGAAGAGGCUUUUGUCAGAAGGCAUCACUCCUCCAGCACCGUAGUUCACAUUCAGGUGAGAGGCCCUUCUUGUGCCUUGAGUGUGGGCGUGGCUUUAGACAGCAGUCACUGCUCAUCAGUCACCAAGUCACACACUCAGGGGAGAAGCCUUAUGUCUGUGCCGAGUGUGGGCAUAGCUUUCGCCAGAAGGUCACCCUCAUCAGACACCAGAGGACACACACAGGGGAGAAGCCUUACCUGUGUUCUGAGUGCGGGCGUGGCUUUAGCCAGAAAGUCUCCCUCAUGGGCCACCAGAGGACGCACACAGGGGAGAAGCCUUACGUGUGCCCUGAGUGUGGGCGUGGCUUUGGUCAGAAGGUCACCCUUAUCAGGCACCAGAGGACGCACACAGGGGAGAAGCCUUACCUGUGUCCUGAGUGUGGACAUACCUUUGGCUUCAAGUCACUCCUCACCAGACACCAGAAGACACACUCAGGAGAGAAGGCUGAUGUGUAUAGAGUAUGUGAGCAAAGACUUAGUCAGAAGAACCUCACCUCUGACCAGAGGACAUGGUCAGGAGAGAAGCCAUGUGUCUGUGAUGAGUGUGGUCGUGGCUUUGGCUUCAAGUCAGCCCUCAUCAGACACCAACGGACCCAUUCAGGAGAGAAGCCAUACAUAUGCAGGGAGUGUGGUCGUGGCUUUAGCCAGAAGUCUCACCUCCACAGACACAGGAGAACCAAGUCUGGCCAUCACCUCCUGCCACAAGAGUUGUUCUCUUGACGUUUCCUUUUCUUUCCCCAUGAGUGUGUAGAUGGCAGAAAUCAGUAGGAAAUAUUCUACUCCCUUUAAAUGCAGUAGAGGAAAAACAAUGUUGCAUCUUUCAGUGAUCAUAAGAUAGUUGAUUUAUGGUUUAUUUUCUGUACCAACAAUGUGUUUUUUGUUUGUCUUUUAAAUUUUAUUGAAGUAUGGUUGAUUUACAAGCAAUGUGUUUUAAUUUUCUAGGGCUUCCAUAAUAACAAAAUAUUGCAGACAUGGUGGCUUAAAGAACAAACCUUUAUUUUCUCAUGGUUGUUGAGAAGUUCAAGAUCAGUGUGUAAGCAGUUUGUUUUUUAUUGAUGUCUCUCCUCUGGCUGGCAGAUGACCACAUUCUUGCAGUGUCCUGAAAUGGCCUUUUUCCCCCUGUGGGCGUGCUUUCCUGGUAUCUCCCUCUCUUCUGAAGACAUACCUUUGGCUAUUGGGUUAGGGCCCAACCCUAUGACCUCAUAAUAUUUACCUUUUAAAGGCCCUGUCAUCAGAUAGAAGUCACAUUGUAGGUUAUGGCUUCAAAAUGUGAAUUUAGGGGAACAGUUCAGUCCUUAACAACUCAGCCUUCUGGACCCCCAAAAUUUAUGUUCUUCGCAUACAAAAUACAUUCAUCUUAACAGCUGCAAAGGUCUUAACCCAUUCUAACAUUACUUCUACAUUCAAAAAUCUCAUCUAAAUCGAGUGUAAAUGAGAUAAUUUCGUCCUUUGUAAAAGUGUGAAAAAAGGUGUAAAAGAGGUAUGUUUCAUCCUUUGGCACAAUUACUUUCCAGCUGUGAACCUGUGAACCAGACAAGUUAUUUGCUUACAAAGUAAAAUGAUGGGACAGGCACAGAAUUCACAUUCCCAUUCUAAAAGUGGAAAAAAAGCUUGAUGGGCCCCAAGCAAGUUUAAAACAUUGCAAGGCAAAUUCUUCUGGUUUUUAAAGCUUGAGAGUAAUCUUUGGCUGUAUCUGCUGCCCCAGGGGUGGCAGCCCCAUCUUCUGGUCUCACUGGAGUGGUAGCAGUGAUACCUGGCCCACUGGAACCAUGGAGUAGACAUUCUGGCUGCCCAGUUUUUAACUUUCUGGGCCUGUUUUGGAAAUGGCAGGCCUGCUGAUUGAUCUCUGUUUCACCUUUGGGGUCAUUCUUUCCUCUUAAUGGAUAACAUAGUUGUAGUCAGAUAGUUAGUUAGCUCAUAUCUCCCUCUUGCAGAAUACCAGAAGUCUGUCAGUCUGCCUUCAUUUUGUCCCAUCUGUGUCACUGAGGUGGUUCAUUGGCUCCAAACUAAUCUCUUUCAAAUAGUGGCUAGCCACACAGAAGUAGUCUUUCCAGAUAAUGCUUUCUCAUUUUUUACAACAAGGAUAGGCAGGGAAUUUUCCAAAUUUUGGUUCACUUUUGCUUAAUGGUUCCCUCAAUUUAUCUCUGCUCUCACAUUGUACCAAAAGGAGGGGGAGGAAAAACUUCGUUGCACCUCUAACACCUUGCUUAAAUCUCAGCUAAAUUUCUGCCUUCCACAAAAUAGUGAAACACUGGCCAGAAUCUUUUCCAUGUUAUAAAAAGGACUGUCUUUCCUUUCCUCCAGUUUCCAGUAACAUAUUUCUCAUUUUUGAAACAACACCGUGAUCACUUUUUUUUUUUUUGGCUGCACCCGUGGCCUGCGGAAGUUCCCAGGCCAGGAAUUGAACUGGAGCCACAGCAUUGACAUUGCCAAGUCUCUAACCACUAGGCCCUCAGGGAACUCCCAGCUUGAAAUGUUCUUAUAUUCCUACCAACACUGUCUUCUAGGCAAUCCAGGCUUUUUUACAACAAGUGCCUCAAACCUCUUCCAGCCUCUACCUAUCAACCAGUUCCAAGGCAUUACAUAUUUUUAAAUGUUAUUCUCAGUAGCAAAAUUGUACUAAAUUUUGCUAAGGCUGCCAUAACAAAAUCAGAGACUGGAUGGCUUAAGCAACAGGAACUUAUUUUCUCAGUUCUGGAGACAGGAAGUCCAACAUCAAAGUAUCAGCAGGGUUAUUUUCGAUUGAAGCCUCUGUCUGUGGCUGGCCAGUGGCUGCCUUCUUGCUGUGUCCUCCUGGAGCCUUUCUUUUGCACAUGUGCUGGAGCGAGAGCAUGAGUGCUGGUGUCUCUUACUCUUAUAAGGAUGCUAGCCCUAUUAGAUUUAGAUUAUGGCCCCAGCCUUAUGAUACUAUUUAAUCUUAAUUAUCUUCUUAUAAGCCCUAUAUCCACGUACUGGAGGAUUGGGGCUUCAACCCCUAGGGUGAAGGAAAUUCAGUCCAUACAACUGCCUUCUGGAUACCCCAGAUAUAUAUCUGGCCAAGAACUAUGCCAUAAGGGUGUGUCCUGACUUUUCCUUUCCUUUCCCUAUGAGUGUGAAGAUGGCAGAAAUCACUAGGAAAUGCUCUGCUUUCUUGAAGUGGAAUGGAGGGGAAAAUGUUGCUUUCUUUCAGCAUUCAUUAGUUUGUCUAUCACUUCUUAAACAGCAGUCCUUCUCUAUAGGUUACAGCUUUUGUUUUAAUAAAUUGCUUCUUUACACAAUUGCAUACCUGGUUGCAUACCUCAUUCACUCAUCUGUCAAGAACCCCCAGGUAUUCAGUCUCUUGGGAGACAUGAGAGAGUCACUGUAUACUUUGUUCUGGACUCUGGUCCUGCAGAAGGAGAGCAAUAUUACAAUGGCCUUCAUCUCUAAAGUCUUGCAAAGCCAUAUGAGAUCCCCACACCCCACACUGGCCUUCCCCAAAAGCUGACUGAAUGGGCCUUGGACACAUCCCUGCGCUCCAAGGCCCAUUAGCUGGGCAUACAUGCCACACCAAUUUAGCCCAUAGACUUGUGGCCUUGAGCCACAACCCUCCCUAGGGUCCUCUAGUUAGGAACUAAGGAUCUGGAGCACCCAGCUUUACAUCUGGGCCAGGGCACUUUCCCCCCUUCAUUUUAAAAAGUUUUAUUGAAGUAAAAUUGAUUUACAAUGUUGAGGUAAAUUUCUGCUGUACAACAAAGUGAUUCAUUUUAGGGCACUACCCCUUUGACCAUUGUUUCUCAGUUUCUCUAAUCAACAGAGCCUGACAAAUACCCUGUCUAUCUAUGACUGGGUAUGUCCCCCCCUUGCCUCAGGAAAUGAAAGGUCACCACAAGGUCAUUUUCCCCAGGCCUGAGCAGCUUUGCUGGUUUAAAAUUCAGAGGCAAUUAAAGACAAAGUUUAGCAUACAAAAGUUAAAAGAAAAACCUUUCACGUGGCAAGAAAUACAAUAAGUAAUAUCAAAAGACAAAUGAUUGGAAGAAAAGUAUAUAUCAGCAUAUAAGUCAACAUCUUUCACAGGUGAUGGGUUAAUAUCCCCACUUUAUAAGAACUCUUAAAAAUCAAGGGGAAAAUAUCAGAUGUCCUAUAGAAAAAUGGACAAAAGACAUGAUCAGACAGUUUAUACCAAAAGAGGUAUAAAUGAGUGAAAAGGCUUCAUUCAUAAGAAAAAUACAAAUUAUAACUACACUGAUUCCAUUUCUCACUCAUCUUGACAAAAAUGCAGCUUGACAUUCAGCUUGAUAAAAAUGCAAAAGCUUGACAAUACUCUGCAUUAGUGAGGCUGUGAGGAAACACAUUUUCAUAUCUUUGUAGAAAUGCAGAAUGGUAGAAGCCUUUCAGAGGGGAAUUGGCAGUAUUUAAACUAUAUACAUAUCUAUUGACACAGCAAAAACAUUUCUAAGAUUCAGUAUCACUUGCAUUUUUAUACACAUGAUGUGACUUUUUCACAGCAUUAUUUAUAGUUGCAAUAUCUUGUGUAAUAUUGUAAAAUAUUGCAACUAUAAGUAGACGGGGGGCGGGGGGGAGGACUGGUGUUGGCUGUGUAGAAACAGCUUGAAGGGGCUGGAGUGUGGAAUGGCCACAACCAUAAGUUCAUGUUAGAAGCCCGGGCCUGUCAUAGAAGUAAAGCACUAUUGCUAAGUGGUGCACAAGAGCAGAGCUGCCCUAGUUCCCUCUUUCUCUGUGCACUAGUCUGCUGUCUCCACGGGCUCUGGGCUCAUAUGCUUCUACCACUGCAUUGGCUGGUUCCCGCCUGGGCAGCUCCUGCUUUCCAGCCAUCAUAGUGGCCAGUUCCCAUGCCAAGAGCCCCUUUGGCAGGCCCCAGGAGCAGAUGCCAGUGGGUUGCCCACACACAGAGGUAGAGCUGAAUCCAGAGAUGAGCCCCAGGGCCACAUGACUUAGGAAGUAGGGCUGAAAUCUCGCCCUACAGUUGAGUAAGCCACAUAUACUAUACUUCUGCCACUAGCUCUUUAAAUUCAGCACAUGUGAGACAUCCAAAUGGACAAUGGGUGCUUCCACAGCUGGAACCAGUCUGGCCUUAGAAACUUGCACUUUGUGGGCCUGUGCACAUGGGGGCCAGGCCAGGCCAGGCCAGGGUCUGAGCUGCCUCCAUAGCUCUCACAGUGGGCUCAAGUGUGCAACUGUUGUAGUCCUGGGACGUGACUUCAGUGGAUCUGCUCCGCUGGCCUUGUGAGAAUACCUGAGAGACUAGGGCCAAUUGCUGGCAUUUUCACAGUUGAGAGGCCAGGGUAGUGCAAACAACAGUGUACUUUGAAGCCCAAACAAUGGGUGAAAGGUGACACAACAAAGCACACUCAUGGGGAACAGCUCUGGCAGAGGAAUACUCAGUGUCUCUUCUCCCAAUGGCAGCACUCCAAUCCUUCCUACUUCACACUGCACCUCAGAAACAGAUCUGAGGGCUUCUAUUCCAACAACUAGGGAGUAGACUCUGUCCCUGAAGUGACAGCCAAGGAACAAAGAGGAGGCCUCAACUAAAUAUCCAGUACAAACUCUAGUCACCAAAACAUCAGUCACAUCUCCUAUUAAGGGAACAAUGGCCAGUGAAGAAAGAGGUGGCAGGUAUCCAUAGUAAAAAAGAACUCUCACCAAAAAAAAAAAAAAAAAAUUAAAAUUA